AUGGCAAGCGAGUACAUGCACAACCGGCAGGACAACAUCCCGGAGUUGGACCCCUCCCUGGCAUGCAUGCCCUAUGGCAGCCUGGAUUUCGCCAGCGAGGUGAACUACUUGGACACGCUGCGGCUGUUCUGGUGUAGGCUGCAGCAAGCCAAGAGUAAGGCUGGUGAGGAAGACUUGUAG